AUGACUCAUAAAGCUUAUUGUUCUUUCCUUCACCAAAAGGCUAGAGUGCAUUUGUUGAAAGAGGGUGAUGAAAACUCAACUUUCUUUCAUGCAAGUAUUCGAGCCAGGCAUACUCAAAACAGAAUAUAUUCGAUCAUAGAUGAGAAGGGAACUUGGCAUGAACAGCCAGAUAAGGUCACUGAAGCCUUUUUACAGAUUUAUACUACUUUACUGGGUUCUAAAAUGGCUGAUAGAGGACAUGUUAUACAAAUAGUUGUAGAAGAGGGUGCUCUUGUCUCUGAAGAACAAGGCUCAAUGCUGAUGGCUAACUAUACGAAUGAUGAAGAUAAUUGGGAUAUUGUCGACAAUGAGGUUUGUGAUGUUGUUUUGUCUUUCUUACAUUCGGGUAGUCUUUUGAAAGAGCUUAACUCUACAGUGCUCACUUUGGUCCCUAAGAGUAAGUGUCCGAAUGUUGUGAGUGAUUAUCAGCCAAUCGCUUGUUGCAACGUAAUCUACAAGGCAGCAACAAAAAUGAUAUGCUCAAGACUUCGUCUGAUACUUCCUUCUCUGAUUGCACAAAAUCAAGAUGGCUUCGUUGAAGGGCGUUUUAUAGCCCACAAUAUUAUGAUGUGCCAAGACUUAGUGAGACAUUAUGGGAGGAAAAAUGCAAAGCCAAAUUGCAUGAUUAAACUUGAUCUCCGGAAAGCUUAUGACACAUUAGAAUGGGAUUUUUUUGGAAGAAUUGCUAGCUGCCUAUAA